GGAGCCCCGGGUGGAGAGAGGGAACGAAGUGGCCGAGAGGAGAGAGACGCUCCAGGGGCCUGCGGGGGCCGGGGGCCGGAGCAGCCAGCCGGGGCAGGGACGACAGCAGGAGAAGGGGGCCGGCGGAGAGAGAGAAAAGGGGCGAAGCAGAGAAAAAGGAGAGAAAGAAAAGCAGCGAGCGACGGGAACCCAGGAGAGGGGGACGAAGGAGAAAGUGCCUGACAGAGAGAAAGAAACGAAGGGACGAACCGGGGUGAAAAAGAGGAAGAGAGGCAAGAAGAAGAGGCAGACGCAGCCUGCGAGGAAGGAAAGAACGAGAGAGAGAACGAGAGAGAGAAACAAAUGAGAAAGUGACUGAGGGCAAAGAGGUCUGAGCGAGUGGGCAGCGGAGGGAGAGAGGGGAAGGCGCGAGCGAGUGGGCAGCGGAGGGAGAGAGGGGAAGGCGCGAGCGAGUGGGCAGCGGAGGGAGAGAGGGGAAGGCGCGAGCGAGUGGGCAGCGGAGGGAGAGAGGGGAAGGCGCGAGCGAGUGGGCAGCGGAGGGAGAGAGGGGAAGGCGCGAGCGAGCAAGGCGCGAGCGGAGGGAGACAGCACGGCCAUGUCGCAGGAGGGGUUCUACGACUGCGAUCGGGCCCCCCCGCGUCCCAUGGCGUCAGAGCUGGGGGCACUCGGGGAGCACGAGGGCUCCAUCGACCUGGCCGCCUACAUCGGCGAUGAGCAGCUGCUGUCGGAGCUUCUGCAGGGCCCCCCACAGCGGGCGCCGAAGAGCACCCCCUUCCCGGGCUACCUGCAGGGGGAGCCCUGGGGCUACGGAAACCCCCACAAGGGCUACGGCGCCCUGGUGAAGGAGGAGCCGCGGGGGGCAGAGCCCGGGCACCGCAGUGGCUACAACCCCCUGCCCUUCCAGGUGGCGCAUUGCGGGCAAACGGCCGUCAGCCUGCCACCGGGGGGCGCCAGCCCAGCCCUGCGCACGCUCAAGGCGCCCCCCUGCAGCCCGCUGCUGGCCUCACCGGGCCCGGGGAAGGGGAAGAAGGCGGUGAACAAGGACAGCCUGGAGUACCGGCUGCGCCGCGAGCGGAACAACAUCGCCGUGCGCAAGAGCCGGGACAAGGCCAAGCGGCGGGUGCUGGAGACGCAGCAGCGGGUGCUGGAGCUGGCGGCGGAGAACGAGCGGCUGCAGAGCCGGGUGGCGCAGCUGAGCCAGGAGCUCGACACGCUCCGGGCCCUGUUCCGCCAGCUGCCCGAGGCCGCUGGGCUGGGCAAGGGGCUGGGCGGCUGCCCCUGAGAGAGCCCCCAAUAAACCUGCUGACAUGCCCGGCCCUGGUGAUCUGUGGGGGGCGCGGCAGGGGAGCCGAUCACUGGCACCCAGGGUCACUGUCCCGGUGAUCGGGGGGGGC